AUGCCUACCAUAUCAGUGUAUGAAGAUGAUUUAUUCGAAAAGCUUGGGGAGGAAAUUAUAGAAGAGAAAUUAUUGGAUGUUUGUUUUGAUUUUGGUCUUGAGGUAGAUGAUAUUGAAUAUAAGAAUGAUAAGAAAAUAUAUAAAAUCGAAGUACCAGCUAAUAGAUAUGAUUUAAUAUGUGUAGAAGGAUUAUGUCGUGCUUUAAAAAAUUUCAUGUGUAAAUUUGAUGAUAUAAAAUAUGAUAUAUCAAUGAAUAAUUAUGAUAUAUGUAUAAAAGGAAAUCAAUAUAUUAAAGUAGAUGGAUCUGUUGAUGAUCGAAGAGGUUAUGUUGUUUGUUGUGUUUUAAAGAAUAUGAAUAUAAAUGAUAGUGUAUAUAAUAAUAUUAUAGAGAUACAAGAAAAGUUACAUCAUAAUUUAGGAAAGAAGAGAAGUGUAUUAGCUAUAGGUAUUCAUGAUUAUGAUAAAAUUAAAUUCCCUUUAAAAUAUAAAUUUGAAAAAAAAGAAAAAAUUAAUUUUAUACCAUUAAAUGAAAAAACAAAUUUGAAUGGUAUGAAUUUAAUAGAUUUUUAUAGUAAAAAUCUAAAUUUAAAACCUUAUUUAAAAAUUAUUAAAGAUUUUGACAAAUAUCCAAUAAUUGUAGAUUCCAAUGAACAAAUAUUAUCUUUACCACCUAUUAUUAAUUGUGAUCAUACAAAAAUUAGUUUGAAUACAAAAAAUGUUUUUAUUGAAUGUACAGCUAUUGAUAGAAAUAAAGCUCAGAUAGCAUUAAAUAUUUUAUGUUCUAUGUUAUCUGAAUAUUGUGUUCCUAAAUAUUCUAUACAAUCGUUUGUGGUUAUUUAUGAGAAUCAAGAUUUUAGUGAUGAUCAAAAUUUAAAAAAAAAAGAAACUCAGUUUUUAUAUCCUAUAUUUGAAAAUAAAUCGUUAACUUGUAAUAUUGAUUAUGUUAGGAAAUUGUCAGGAAUUUCACAUAUAACCGUUCAUGAAGUUAAUAAUUUAUUAAAGAGAAUGAUGUUAUCAUGUGAUAUUAUGGAUAAUAAUACAUUUAAGGUUACUAUACCAUUUUAUAGAUCAGAUAUUAUGCAUUGUUGUGAUAUAAUAGAAGAUAUAGCUAUAGCAUAUGGAUAUGGAAAUAUUAAAUAUGAACCACCUCAGAUAUGUAAAAAGCAUUCAUUAAACAAUUGUUCUGAAUUAUUUAGAAAUGUGUUAGUAGAAUGUGGAUAUACUGAAGUUAUGACAAAUGCUUUAUUGUCACGAGAUGAAAAUUAUAAUUGUAUGCUUAGAACGCAUAAAUCAUAUGAUGAUCCAAAUAUAAAUCUUGACGAAUAUAAUCCAUUAGCUGCUCCUAUUCAAAUAAAGAAUUCCAAAACUUCUGAAUAUGAAAUAAUAAGAACAUCAUUAAUUGUAAAUUUGUUAAAAUUUGUAUCUGCUAAUAAGCAUAGAGAAUUACCAUUGCGAUUUUUUGAAAUAGGAGAUGUAUCUUAUGCAACAUAUAACCAAACAGAUACGAAUGCAGUCAAUAAAAAGUAUCUAUCCAUAAUUUUUUCUGAUAAAUUUACAGCAGGUUUGGAGGAAUUGCAUGGUGUCUUGGAAGCUAUUUUAAAAGAAUAUCAAUUAUUUAGUGAUUAUAAAAUUGAGGAAAAAAAAAAAGAAAAUAUAUCUAUACGAUCUGAUAUGUAUUAUAAAUUGAUUCCAAAGGAGGAUCCUUCCUUUUUGAAUGAACGUAUAGUUGAUAUUGUUUUGUUUCCUCACAAUUUGAAGUUUGGUGUUUUAGGUAUUAUUCAUCCGAAGGUUUUGGAAAACUUUUCCCUCGAUAUUCCUGUGUCUGCCAUAGAAAUAAAUGUGGAAACUUUACUUAACGUUUUAAUGAUGUAA